GGUGCCACAGUUUCACACUUGCGGCCGCGGGAAAUUUACAUGUCAUGCAUUUGUCGAUCUGAGCGGAACGUGUGGAAAGAUGUCACUUUUCUUAAGCAAGAAAUCUGUGGCCGAUUCAUCACCUGCAGAUGUGCAUCUUUUAGGUUGUAACGUAGAACACACAGGGGGUGCUAAAGUGACUGAGUUCUUCAACAGUGUAAUCCGCAAAAAAGGAAACGAAAAUGAUUUGUCGGCGACAUUUCGAGGGCGGACACUGUGUGGACAGGUGUUGAAUGUUCCAACAGGAUUCACAGGUCUUGUCCUGAAAGAGAACCAGAGACCAUUUAUGGAAGAAGAAGACAGAACAUUACAAGCUACCCAUCAGUUUGACAAGUUCACAUACUGGAACUUGGAGAUGACUCCUUCCAUCAAUGAUGCUGUUGUCAAGGCAAUGAUGUGGCCAGAGAUUGCCGAAGCUAUCCACACAUCUGGAGACACUAAUGGAAGCCAGGAGAGUGUCAAAGGUCAGAGGUGAUGACUCAUGGUCAGAGUGACAUCGUUCCAGAACCCAUUGGCACUGAAAGUGAACAGAAUCCAGCACAAGGUUCAUGCUCUUGUUCGUCUUCAGAGACGACAGUCAGUGCUGCUUAGUACCCAAAUGAAGACACGGGAAAAAAAAGAUGCACUCUUGUAUCAAGUCAGUGUCCAGAUAUUUGAAGAAUUUUAAUAGCCACUCGUCGCACCAUGUUUGUUAUGCACAUGCUACAGUCCAAUAAAGAUUGAAAACAAAAUAGAUUUAUACAUGUAUAUAUAUACAGAGCACAUAUUGCAUGAAAACUGACCGUCCUUACAAUGGAGAGUUCAAUGAGGACAUAACUGUUCAUUUUUGUAAUACAAUUUUUGUUUUUAAUCUACCAUGAAAUUUAUUCAGUUGUAUUUCAGAAGGUGGACCCCUUACUGCUUCACCCAGGAUAAAUUUGGUUUAAUUGGCCAGUUGAGGGGCAAGCUUUACAAACUUAAGAGUUAAUUGCAAAUAAAGUUUCUGUUGCUCCCCCA